AUGGACACUGAAAAACAAAUGAAGGCCAGCCUGGACAUGGCCGACUCGACCAAAGACCUCGAGGCCGUCCAGACGCAGGCUGCCGGCGAAGUCGCUCCAUAUGAUGGUCAGGACUCAGCACUGCUUCGUCGGAUCGACUGGAGAAUUGUACCGAUCCUGUUCGCGUGCUACUUGUUACAAUUCUUGGACAAAGUCCUGAUCAAUUACGCCAAUGUCAUGGGCUUGCAGAAAGAUCUCGGUAUGAAGGGCAACGACUUCAGCUGGAUGGCCACAUCAUUCUUCAUCGCAUACGCUGUCGCGGAAUUCCCGCAGGGCUACCUGUUGCAGCGCUUCCCUCUGGCUAAGGUCUUGGGCUUCAACGUUUUGUGCUGGGGAAUUACUAUCUGCUGCUCCGCAGCACCUCACAACUUCGCGGGAAUGAUUGCACUACGCACGCUGCUCGGUGCCUUCGAAGCCGUGAUUGCUCCAGCGCUCAUCCUCACGACCUCACAGUGGUACACGAAGAGAGAGGCAGGUCCGCGAUAUGGUAUCUGGUACUGCGGGUUGGGAGCUGGCCAGAUAAUUGGUGGUUUGGUCAGCUACGCUGCGCAGCAUGGACCCAAGAAUUCUUUCAGUGGUUGGAGAAUCAUGUUCGUGGCGGUCGGUGCGGUCAACAUUUCCGUCGCACUCAUCGUCUUAUUCUUCCUGCCCGACAGUGUCGACGCGGCAACAUUCAUCAACGCUGAAGAAAAGGCAGCUAUCCAUCGCAAGCUCGCCCGUGACCAAGCCGGCAACGGAGCGAAAAUCUUCAAAGCCAGCUCCUUGUGGGAGAUUUUCAUGGACAUUCAGAUCUGGCUCUUGCUUGUCCUGACUAUCCUGAUUGUCAUACCUUCCGGCGUCAUCACGACUUUCUCAGCCACUCUUAUUCGUGGCUUUGGGUACACUCCGAUGCAGUCUGCCCUACUCAACAUGCCAUCCGGCGUUGUCAGCAUUGUCGCAACCAUGUGCUCUACAUAUGCCAUUCUCAAGGGCUUUCCUCGCUGGCUGAGCAUUAUUCUGCUCCUCAUUCCGACGAUUAUCGGCGCUGGACUGAUGAGCUUCACCGCCAAGACCGAUCAACCCAGCAAGCUCGCCGGCAUCUUCCUCAUCAACUUCAUCGUCGCUCCAUUGGCGAUCAUUUACACCUGGGUAGGAGCCAAUACGAGCGGCUACACCAAGCGCGUUGCAUCGAACGUGGUCAUCCAAAUCGCUUCAGCAUUGCAAACAUUAUUGGCCCUCAAACGUUUCAAGCAAAGGAUGCGCCAGAUUACCUGCCUGCGAAGAUCACAAUUUUUGGUGUCGCAGGUGGAGCAUGGUGUUGUCAGUAUUGCUCAGACUACUCUACGGAAUGCGGAACAGGUCGAACAUCAAGGUCAGGCAGGCGCAGCUGGCGUCGUUGGAUGCGCCAGAGCAGACAGAGGAGGAUCAGACUGA